CAGAAACUACAAUUUAUUAAAAAAGUUAAAAAUUAUUACAAAAUUUUGUACAUUAUUAAUUAAUUUAAAUCUAUAGUAAUAGAAAAUUACCAGAAAAAAGAAUAUAUUUACGCGUUCACAUUAUUGAAAUAACGUCCUACACGCUAUAAGCGAAAUGUGACACUGAGCAAACAAAAUAUUAAGAAGUAGACAUAUACAAGAAAAGAAUCGACGAUGAAGGGUCAACGACAUUUCAGUAAACAGAGAAAUUAGGUAAUAAGAGAAAUGUCAGAGCAUCAAAAUAUGACAAGAUUACGAGUAUUUAUUUUCAUUGAGAAAGUGUGUAUAAUAAUUAUUAAGAUUUUGUAUGUCAUCCCUUUUAUUAAUCGGGUUAAUUUGUAAAUUAAUAUAAAUCAUUUCUGAUAUUAAACGUUUUUUGUAAUUAUCCUCUCUGUCAAGAAUUGCAAAAUUAACAAAAUCAAAUCUGUGUUUUAAAGAAUCACAAUGAUGUGCAACUAUAUUAUCUUUAGAAUUUUUAUGUUCAUUAAUUCGGACGCCAACCAUUCUUUUUGACUGUCCAACAUAUGAGGCAGAGCAAUCAUGACAAUUAAUCUUAUAAACAGUAUUAGUAUUUUCAGUUUUUUUAUUUUUGUCUUUAUAUUUAACGAUAAGAUUGUGACUCAUAUUAAUAUUACUAAUAGGAAUAGUUAAAAUGUUGUAAUUCUUUAAUAAGAAUGAAACAUUCUCAAAAAGAUUAGGAACAUAAGGUAAAAAGACCUUGGGUAACAUAUUGUAUAUUGUCCUAUUAUUAUUAUAAUUAUUCCCAUUAGAGUCAUUGUGUUUAUUUAAAUUAAUGAAGGAAAUACGUUUUUUAGUAUAUUUACGGAUAAAUUCUAUUGGAUAAUUAUUAUUCAAUAGUAACUGUUCAACAAAUUGAAUGUUUUUUGAAUGAAAUUGCUUAUCUGACAACUUAACAGCUCUGUCAAUAAGAUUGUAUACAAUAGCAACUUUUUGUGAAAAUGGAUGUUUUGAUUUGUAAUUGAUAGUUCGUCCAGAAAAUGUAGGUUUUAAGAACCAGUCAGUAAUGAGCUUUUUAUUGUCAAUAAUAAUAAGAACAUCUAAAAAGUUUAUACUAUUGUUAUUUAACAUUUCAAAUGUAAAUUGUAAUCUUUCAUCAUAGCCGUUAAAUUUAUCAAAAUCAUAUUAAACAAAAACUACUUAACAUCCUUAUUGAAGAUAAGUGCAUUCAUAUCGAUUAUUUAAACAAAAAAAUUGAUAUGUUAAAGACUGUCAUCAAUAAUAAUUUUCCUCCUGAUAAUUGUAAAUCUAUUUUUGACAUCCAUGAAAAUCAACAUGAACAAUUCAUUAAUAACACAAAAAAACAUUCUGAAAAGAAGUUCAACUAUCUAAUUAGCAACAGUAAUUUAAAUAUUAACAACCCAAUGAAUUCUCAAUCUAAUUGGUUUUUAAACCUUUCAAACUCUGUAGUUCCUGAUAAUGUUGCUAAUGUUAUCUCAUUGGGCAAUAAUUUUAAAUUCGACGAUAAAAAACAGUUGAAUACCUCUAUCAAUUAUAUAAAAUCUGUUGAAACUUUUAUUAAUAAUUAUAAUUUAAAUAAUGAAUUAUCUAAUGACAUAAGAAACAAAUUAAUUACGAAUCUUCGAAGCCAUGUAAAAAGCAACUCAAAACACAUUAAUGUAAAUGAUCUUAUUUAUUCAAAACAACUAAAUAACGCUAAAUUGUUUGUCAAAAAUCAUAGUGAAAUCUUUUUUACAAUAGCUGAUAAGGGAAAUGUCACAGUAGCAAUGGACAAAGUUGAAUAUAUUAAUAAAAUUGAAAACAAUUUACUUAAUGAUACUAAAACUUAUAAAAUAAUUAAAAGAAACCCUCUGAAUAAAUUAAAAACUGACACUUAUAAAAUUUUAAAAUAUUGGAAUAAUAGUGGUUUUCUUAAUAGAAAAUAUUAUGACCUUGAACUUACACAAACUAACACAAAUAUAGCAAAACUUUAUGGUUUACCAAAAAUUCACAAAAUAAAUGUUCCUCUCAGACCUGUAGUCUCUACAGUUAAUUCUCCAACUUAUUUUUUAUCUAAACAUUUAUUUGAUUUACUGGAUAAAUCCAUAAAUAAACCAAAAUCAUAUAUACAAAAUAGUAGUGAUUUCAUUAAGAAAAUUACACAAUUUACCAUUCCUACUGAUCAUACGCUUAUUAGUCUUGACGUUUCUUCUCUGUUCACAAAUGUUGGUUCUGAGCAUGUUCGUGAUUCUAUUAUAAAACGUUAUAUAACUAUUUCUAGGAAUCUAAAUAUUCCUUUGGAUGAUUUACUUAAUGCUUGUCAAUUUCUAUUUGAUAAUAAUUUUUUCAAGUUUAAUGAUAAGUACUAUCAACAAAUCUAUGGCACUCCUAUGGGCUCUUCCAUUUCUGGAUUGUUCGCGGACAUUGUCAUGGAGGACCUUGAGACUAUUUGUCUUUCUAAACUUUCUUUUAAACCAUUGUUUUUUUAUAGAUACGUUGACGAUAUAAUCACUUGCAUACCAGCUGACAAAAUUAAUGAAAUUGUUGAUAAAUUUAACGGCUAUGAUGAAAGAUUACAAUUUACAUUUGAAAUGUUAAAUAACAAUAGUAUAAACUUUUUAGAUGUUCUUAUUAUUAUUGACAAUAAAAAGCUCAUUACUGACUGGUUCUUAAAACCUACAUUUUCUGGACGAACUAUCAAUUACAAAUCAAAACAUCCAUUUUCACAAAAAGUUGCUAUUGUAUACAAUCUUAUUGACAGAGCUGUUAAGUUGUCAGAUAAGCAAUUUCAUUCAAAAAACAUUCAAUUUGUUGAACAGUUACUAUUGAAUAAUAAUUAUCCAAUAGAAUUUAUCCGUAAAUAUACUAAAAAACGUAUUUCCUUCAUUAAUUUAAAUAAACACAAUGACUCUAAUGGGAAUAAUUAUAAUAAUAAUAGGACAAUAUACAAUAUGUUACCCAAGGUCUUUUUACCUUAUGUUCCUAAUCUUUUUGAGAAUGUUUCAUUCUUAUUAAAGAAUUACAACAUUUUAACUAUUCCUAUUAGUAAUAUUAAUAUGAGUCACAAUCUUAUCGUUAAAUAUAAAGACAAAAAUAAAAAAACUGAAAAUACUAAUACUGUUUAUAAGAUUAAUUGUCAUGAUUGCUCUGCCUCAUAUGUUGGACAGUCAAAAAGAAUGGUUGGCGUCCGAAUUAAUGAACAUAAAAAUUCUAAAGAUAAUAUAGUUGCACAUCAUUGUGAUUCUUUAAAACACAGAUUUGAUUUUGUUAAUUUUGCAAUUCUUGACAGAGAGGAUAAUUACAAAAAACGUUUAAUAUCAGAAAUGAUUUAUAUUAAUUUACAAAUUAACCCGAUUAAUAAAAGGGAUGACAUACAAAAUCUUAAUAAUUAUUAUACACACUUUCUCAAUGAAAAUAAAUACUCGUAAUCUUGUCAUAUUUUGAUGCUCUGACAUUUCUCUUAUUACCUAAUUUCUCUGUUUACUGAAAUGUCGUUGACCCUUCAUCGUCGAUUCUUUUCUUGUAUAUGUCUACUUCUUAAUAUUUUGUUUGCUCAGUGUCACAUUUCGCUUAUAGCGUGUAGGACGUUAUUUCAAUAAUGUGAACGCGUAAAUAUAUUCUUUUUUCUGUUUCUGAUGAGGACGGCAGCGCUGUCGAAACGUAAAAAGAGAGUUUUUUAAUUUUUAACUUCCUUGACUCAGUGUGAUCGAUUACAUCAAAUUCUUACUAAUAAUAAAAUUCAUCAUAGAAUUUCAAUUAUUUUUAAUACAAUUUUAAUUGAAUUCCUCGAAAAAUUUAAUUAUUCUU